CAUGCCACAUCUUCAAAUAUUGAACUUUGGGGGUUGUCAUAAGAUGACUGAACUUCAUCCAACUAUGGGGCAUCUCAAGAGCUUGAUUAACUUGUCUUUGAGUCAUACAGCACUUAAGAAACUGCCUGAUGAAUUUUGUCAGUUGACCUCACUCGAAAUUCUUAACCUCAGUGGGUGCUACCAACUUACAACUUUGCCAAAGAAAUUGGGGGAUUCAAGGGCAGUGGAGCAGCCCUUGCUUGAGAAAUUGAAAGUCUUAUAUCUCAAUGAUUGUUCCAAGCUCACCAUGUGUCCAGAUUUUACGAGCAUGCCAAGUCUAGAGACAUUGGACUGUGGAUAUUGUGAGAAGAUGAGUGAACUUCAUUCAUCUAUUGGACAUCUGAAGAGUCUGACUUACUUGUCUUUGAAGCACCGCAAAUCACUAAGGGAAUUGCCUCAAGAAGUUUGUCGAUUGUCAUCACUAAAAAAGCUUGACCUCACUCAUUGCUCUCAAAUUAUAAGUUUGCCAUCACAACAAGGGGAUUCUAAGUCAUUGAAGGAGAACUCGCUUGAAAAUUUGGAAGUGCUAAAACUUAGGUAUUGUAAGAACCUCAGGCUUUGUCCAGAUUUGAUGAGUAUGCCACAUUUAAAGAAAUUGCAAUUUAAUGGCUGCAAGCAAAUGGUUGAACUUCAUCCAUUUAUUGGGCGUCUCAAGGGGUUGACUAACUUGCAACUGAGGGGCUGUGAAUCACUAAAGGAACUACCUGAAGAAGUUUGGCAAUUGACUUCUCUCAAAGAGCUUGACCUUACCAAUUGCUACAACAUUGCAGCUUUGCCGUCACAAUUGGGAGUUUUAAAGUCAUUGACGCUUGACAAAUUGAAAGUCCUAAAUUUUUGUAACUGUAAGAAUCUCACGAUGUGUCCAGAUUUUUCAAGCAUACCACAUUUAAAGACUUUGGAUUUCGAAAAAUGUGUUAAGUUGAGUGAACUUCAUCCAUCAAUUGGGCAUCUCAAGAGGUUGACACACUUGUCUUUGAAAAAAUGUAAAUCACUAAGGGGUUUGCCCGGAUCCAUGGGGCAAAUGAAGCAACUGAAGUCGUUAAUUCUAAAGGGUUGUCACUCAUUGAAAGAAAUACAUGAUUGCGUAUGUUCAUUGUUCAAUCUUGAAGUACUAGACGCUGGCGGCUGUAAAUGUCUUGCAUCUUUGCCCACCUUUCUUGGCAACAUGAAGAGCUUGUGGCGGCUUAAUCUGAGUUUGACAGCCAUUGAAGAGUUGCCAGACUCCAUUGUCUCACUACAGAAGCUAAAGGUCCUAUCAGUUAUUCGUUGCAAAAGGCUCAAAUUCUUGCCGGCUUCUGCAACUGUUGGAUCAUUGAUGUUGUUGAAGAGCCAUGUUGUGUCAUCAAGUGGUGAUGAAAAAUCUUCAGAGAGACAACACUACUCUUUCCCUCAAUUCCCUCCUUCCCUCACCAAGCUCUAUGCACAAGACUGUCAUCAACUGGAAAUGAUAGCAGAUGUCUCAAAUGCAGGGGGGCUGCAGAAAUUGGAUCUAGAAAACUGCAGAAAACUUGUGGACGUUCCUGGCAUCGAGAAGUUGAAACGAUUGGUAAAAUUAGUGCUCGGAGGAUGUAGAAGCCUUCAUGACUCAUUCCAAGAAAGACUUCAGGGGGCAAACAUUGGACGUCUAAGUGAAUUCUCCAUCGCUGGGACCUUGAUCUACGUCGAGCCGUCAUAUUCACAAGGUGUCUCUUUUCCUUUUCCCAAUCAAUUUAGGUGGGCCUCCUUGUAUUUAUAUCUGAUUGUAGAUGAAAGCAGCAUAGACAACAAGGGCUUCGAACUAGAUAAAAGCAUCGAAAGUGACGAAGACAAAAAGCUACUAGAAGGUAUUGCAAGUGGCAAAGAUAGCAUUGGUGAGGGAGACAGAAACCCGUAUGUUCUUGGCUCGCAACACGAAUAAAAUGAAGGGAAUGUUCUUGGCUCGCAACAGGAGUCAAAUGAAGGGAAUGCAAGUGACAGAGAUAGCGUUGACAUAGAAACCUUAAGUGGACAAGAUAGUGACCUGGACAGCGUUGGAGCGGAAGUAGAUGCAUGCUUUGAAAGUAAUGAAGAUGAGAGCGUUCUCACCUAUGAAAGUGGCGAAGAUAUGGGCAUCCUCAGCCUUGAAAGCAGCGAAGAUAUUAGCUCGGGACUAGAUGAGAGAAUUAAAAGCGGCGAGGACAACAGUGGCUUGAAACUGGAUAAAGGCGCGGGGCUCCUGGGCAGGGUCCUCCAAAUAGAUGUCAUGACAGCUGAUGCCCAAUUUACCUUCACAACUUUGAUUGAAAGAGGAUAUAGACGCCCUGAGGCUACUUUCGAUUGGAAUAGCGAGCUGAUGACGAUGGUAAGACAAGGAAGAUUUGCAGGACAGGCUCGGGGGAUGAUGAUUAUGCUUGCUUCCAUCAAUGGCAGUGUCUUAAUCGGUGGUGACAUCAGCAACUCAUACAACUAUUUUCUUUCUGAUUCUGAACAUCCAAUCGUUCUGGUGAAUUUUGGUUAGUCACUAAGAGCAAACCUACAUGGCAUAAGGCCUGUAGACUCGAAAAGCUAAGUCCUGAAUGCUUCUUAUAUGUUCACUUGAGCCCAUGAGUUGGCUUGCGUUUGGGAAAGAAGAACGUUUUUUACAAUCUACGUCGGUAUAUACCUUUGUAGUUGCGAUAUUAAAAGAAAUUUUUGUCAUCUACGUGACUGAUCAUUCCACUCGUUUCGUUCAUGUAUCGGCAAAAGUGUACAUGUUACCACCUAUUGUACUUUUUCUGCUUUAGAAGCCUUGGAUUUUUUAAUAAGAAAAUAGAGUUGGGUAUUUAAUUUUCCUAACAA